UUUUUGCUUCCCCAUAUCGGCUCAAAGUUCCUCACUACUCUGUUUUCGUAUUUAUGCUUCUACACCACUCUCGUCUCGUCUAUUGUACUUUAUCGCAUUUCUCCGUUCCAUCCGCUUGCCAAGUAUCCCGGUCCGUUGUCCUUGAAGAUAUCAAAAUUCACGGCAAUGUACCAUGCAUUGAGAGGCAAACAGUAUCGGUAUUUCAAGAACUUACAUGACAGAUACGGCCACGUUGUCCGCGUCGGUCCUAAUGAACUAUCAUUUGCUGAUGCCGAAGCAAUCCCACCUGUCCUCGGAUCAGACGGAAUGCGGAAAGGACCUUUAUGGGCAAUACAUACCAAACCCGGAACGACUCCCCACGUUGUCGCUUUGCGAGACGUCAACAAACAUCGUGAACGCAGAAAAUUAUGGAAAUAUGGUUUCACUUCCGCGGCUAUUAAGGAUUACCAACCAAUUAUGGCAAAUCGUUUGCUGCAGCUCGUCGAGGAGCUCGGAAAAGGCUGCAGCAGUGACAAUGGGAACCACGGGAACCACGUUGAUCUUGCUCAAUGGAUUGGUUAUUUCGCUUACGACUUCAUGGGUGACUUAGUAUUUGGUGGAGGUUUUGAGUUCAUGCGCCUUCACGACAAAGAUGGUUUUCGUUCAAUACUAGAAGACACCCUGAAAAUGCUAGGAAUUCUGGAGCACAUAUCAUGGAUUGCAGAAGUCCUCUCGAAACUUGGGUCUGAACCAGCAGCAAUCGUAACAUAUAGGGAGUACGGAACGAAACGUUACGAUAUGCGUAAGGAGCAGGGGGCAACAAGAAAAGAUUUGUUCCAUUUCAUUAUGAAUGAAGAAGGGCCCGAAGAAUUGAAGGUGCCGAGGGACCAGGGGUUGAACGAGGUCUUUGCUGCCAUGGUGGCAGGUGCCGACACGACAUCGACCGUCCUUAGUGGCCUUUUCUUCUAUAUCCUCACGAACCCUGAGACUUUUACGAAACUGCGACAAGAAAUCAAUUGUGAGUUCCCACUAGGGGAAGGAGAGCCAUUCGACGCGGUGAAGCUCGCCACAAUGCCGUACCUGAAUGCUGUCAUUAAUGAGACGCUUCGUCUGCAAACACCAGUAGCCACUUCAUUACAGCGGACACCGUUAGAAAAUAGUGGUGGUAAAUGGGUUGCAGGAAGGUUCAUUCCAGAGAACACAGCAAUAUAUAUCCCACCAUACGUCCUUCAUCGCGACCCUCGCUACUUCUCUCCCUUCCCCGACGACUUCAUCCCGGAACGCUGGUCCGACAACGAGCGAAAAAGCACCAGCGACAAGGGGAAACCAAAAUUUACGACCGACACAACUGCAUUCAUCCCCUUUUCCUACGGACCUGCAAACUGCAUCGGAAAGAACCUCGCCUUGUUAGAAAUGCGCAUGGUUGUCGCUACGUUGGUCCAGAAAUUCGACAUGGGGCUUUCGGGGGAUUACGAUCUGCCUAAGUGGGAAGAAGAUCUACAGGAUUAUUUCAUGAUGAAAGUUGGGAAGCUACCUGUUGUGUUGAACCUUAGAGAAUGA